AUGGACCACGAUACGAACCAAAAUUUGCUGCACAAAAGGAAGCAAAUCUCACGUACCCCGGAUAACAUUGUCAAGAAAAAAGAUUUAAAAUUCCCUGCGGUGCCAACUAACAUCGACACCAACAGCUCACUGGACGCUGCAGCCAAGGCUACCAGUUACACCUACAAACUCGUUCAAGGUCUCGAGUACUACCAAGAAGAUUAUAUCGAGCUGUGCUUGGCCAAAGUCGUGAAGGACAAGAACAAGUAUGCGAGGCCCUGUCUCACCUCUCCAAGGAGCGAGUUCAGCAGUUCCUUAGAAAUUCCUUUAGAGUUCAGUGCUAUUUUAGAAGCUUUAUUUUAA